AAGGGGGUACAGCCAAUCAGAUCAACCAAAUUUCAAAAAUUUGAAAAUUCCUCAAGCUUCCCGUUUCCUCUUCACUCGCUCCUCGGCUGCAUCUGGCCUGUGAUUCUGAAAUACGAUUUCUGAAGAUUGCGUUCCUGAAGCUUUCAGUUUCCUCUCCAGUCUCUUCCCGGCCGCAUAUGGCCUGUGCAUUUGAAACUCCGAUUUCUGAAUCUUGCGUUCCACAGAUGGGCGAAAUACAAGUGAACAGUGAGUUAGUAGAUGAGAAAUAUCAAGAACAAACUGUUUCUGUUCUUCAAAACCUGAACAAUAAAUUAAACGAUUUGAAAAGAGUACACACUGCUCUACGAGAUGAAGUAAAGGAUAUCACUGCAAAUCCUUUUCCAAGCUUUGAAGCUCUUAAGGAUCUGAGCACGCAACAUGAACUCUUGAAGAAAAGAUAUCUUGAUGAGUGCUCUGAGAGAAAGCGCCUCUACAAUGAAGUGAUUGAGCUGAAAGGAAAUAUACGGGUCUUCUGCAGGUGUCGACCAUUAAAUCCUAAUGAGAUUGCAAAUGGAUCAACAUCUGUGGUAGAUUUUGAUUUAUCUCAGGAAAAUGAGAUACAAAUUGUGUCCUCUGAUUCCACUAGAAAACAGUUCAGGUUUGAUCAUGUUUUUAAACCUGAGGAUGGUCAAGAGGCGGUUUUUGCUGAAACAAUGCCAAUUGUAACUUCAGUUUUGGAUGGUUUUAAUGUCUGUAUUUUUGCGUAUGGACAAACUGGGACUGGGAAGACAUUCACAAUGGAAGGAACGCCUGAAAAUAGAGGAGUCAACUAUCGAACAUUGGAGAAACUAUUUAGCUCAGCUAAGCAGAGAAGUAGUAUCAUGAAAUAUGAGCUUUUUGUCAGCAUGUUAGAGGUGUACAAUGAUAAAAUAAGGGACCUUCUUAUUGAGAAGUGCAACCAACCAGCUAAGAAAGUGGAAGUGAAGCUAUCUGCAGAAGGGACCCAGGAAGUUCAAGGACUUCGUGAAAUACCCGUAUAUGGUACAGAUGACGUCUGGGAACUUCUCCAAUCUGGAAGUCGAGCUAGAUCCGUGGGAUCAACCUGUGCUAAUGAACUUAGUAGUCGGUCACACUGUUUAUUGCGAUUGACCGUUAUUGGGGAGAAUUUAGUAAAUGCACAGAGGACAAGGAGCCACCUCUGGCUGGUUGACUUGGCAGGUAGUGAGAGGGUUGGGAGGAUUGAAGCUGAAGGUGAAAGGUUGAAGGAGUCUCAAUUUAUAAACAAAUCCUUAUCUGCACUUGGUGAUGUAAUCUCUGCUCUUGCAGCGAAGAUGGCACAUGUUCCAUAUAGAAACUCAAAGCUCACACAUAUACUGCAGAGCUCUCUAGGCGCAGAUUGCAAAACGGUGAUGUUUGUCCAAAUCAGUCCGAGUUUGGCUGACUUGGGCGAAACCCUUUGCUCAUUGAACUUUGCAAGCCGUGUAAGAGGAGUUGAGCACGGUCCUGCACGUAAAUUAGCUGAUCUUACUGAAAUUUCCAAGAACAAACAAUUGGCAGAAAAAAGCAAACAUGAUGAGCGAGAAAUGAAGAAAUUGCAAGACAGCGUGCAGUCUCUGCAAUUGCGGCUUUCUGCCAGAGAACAUACAUGCAAGAAUCUUCAGCAGAAGGUUCUUCAUCUUGAGAAUAAACUAGUGGAAGAAAAAAAGAAACAGCUAAAGCUAAAGCAGGAAAAUAGGGUUUCGGCUGCAGUUUCUAACCAGUCUUCUUCAGCCUUACCAUCUCUCAACCAGACUAGGAUGAUGGUGGCAAGAACGGAGAGGAAACCACCACUGGCUCUGAGACCAAGACUCCCACUUCAGAAAAUCACCCACUUAGUGCCCCAACAGCCAUCCUCUGUCCAUCCAAGACGAAGCUUGCUCCUUCCAACUGUCUAUGAGGACAAAGAAAAUGCCAUAAUGGCUAGCAAAGCCAACACCGACGUAAAAGCAAGGCAGGAUACCCAUGCUAUCAAAUCCAUCCCACCUCAAGCUACAAAUCUGCAGGUUAAACAACCAACACGAAGAGCUUCUAUGGCAACCUUGCGCCCUCCAGAAUCAGGUAUGAUAAUUCCUGCUAAGAACUCCGCUGUUUGUCCGAGGAAUGAUCAUCGUUCAAUGGGUCGCCAAUCUUUUGUCUGGGACCCGCAAAGAGUGUGGUGCACAUCAAAGGUGCUCUCACCAAAACUGGAAGAUGAGAAAUCAAGUGCGGCUGCUGUAUUGCAUGAAGCCCCACCAGUCGUUCCAAGAUGCAGCAAGCCCUUAGGGAGUCCUAGGCUUCCAGCAGUUGUUGCAUUACAGAAGAAGCGGUUGGUGUGGAGUCCUUUGAAGAUGAAAGCAUACGCUGGUCUUAAAGCCAGGCGGGUUUCCCAUGCUAUUAAACCCACCCUACCUCAAGCCACAACCCUACAGGUUAAAAAACAACCAAUGCGAAGAGCUUCUUUGGCAACCUUGCUCCCCCAAGAGUCUGACAGCAUCGUUAGUCCUGGUAAGAGCUCCAUAGUUCGCUCAAGGAAUAAUCACCGUUCAAUGGGUAGACAAUCUUAUGUGUGGGACCCGCAAAGAGUGUGGCGCAAAUCAAGGGUGCUCUCGCCACAACAGGAGGAGGAUGAGGAGACAACAUCAACCGCUGCAUUAGUGGAAGCCACGCCACUGGGUCCAAAGUGCAGCAAUUCCGUGGGGAGUCCACCUUCACAACAACCAGGUUCGUGGAGGCCCAAGCAUCCAACAGUCGUUGCUUUACAGAAGAAGCUAUUGUGGAGUGAUUUGAAGAUGAAAGAAAACACUGGUUCCAAAGCAAGAAGGGUUUCCUAUGCUAUUAGACUCACCCCACCUCAAGCUAAAAAUAGGCAGGUUAAACAACCAUUGCGAAGAGCUUCUUUGGCAACCUUGCACCCCACAGAAUCAUGCAUGAUAACUCCGGCUAAGAGUUCCAUAGUGAACCCAGAGAAUGAUUAUCGUUCAAGGGGUCGGCAAUCUUUUGUCUGGGACCCACAAAGAAUGCGUCGCACAUCAAGAUUGUUCUCACCACCAGUGGAAGAGGAGAAACCAAGUGCUGCUGCUGCCGCAUUGGUGGUGGACACACCAGUCAGUUCAAGUUGCAGCAAAGUCAUGGAGAGUCCUUGUUCACAACAAGCAGGUUCAUGGUGGAGGCCCAAGCUUCCAACAGUUAUUGAAUUACCCAAGAAGCAGUUGGUGUGGAGUCCUUUGAAGAUGAAAGUCAUGCAAAGUAGUAACAAGAAUUCAUUUCUUGCCUCAUAAACAUUGGCCAUCUUUGUCUUUGAACUGUUCAUAAAAUUUAACCCGUCAUUAUUGGUAUUACACAUUUUGAUAUAGACUAUUUGUGUGUGACUGUGUGAGGAUUACUUUGUUUGACACAUAUUUUACAUAGUUUUUUGUGUCUACAAUUCUCAGAUUUUGAAAUUGGCCGGGGAUGAAUUCAAGAUCACUGUCUAUAAGUCAAAUUAAUCUUCUCC